AUGAUUAAUAUCUUCGCGGUUUUGAAUUAUACGAAGCAAAGACAAGUAAACUUUGCUGUAUUUCAAAUCGAAGGACUAGCCCGAGCAUGGUGGAAUGUUAUUAGGGCAAAGUGGGAGAGGGAACAGAUUGCAUGGAUAUGGGCGAAUUUCAUAAGAGAAUUUAACGAGAAGUAUCUCCCAUCUUUAGUCCAAGAAAGGAGAGAAGACGAGUUUAUUGGGUUACGUCAGGAAACCCAAAGUGUGGCCGAAUAUGAGACUAAAUUUACCAAACUGUCCAAGUUUGUUUCUGAAUUGGUGGCCACGGAGCGGGGAAGAGUGAAACGGUUCAUACAAGGAUUGAAUCUGAAAAUCCAGGAAGCUUUAGCGGUGGUUCAGGUCAAUACCUUUACGGAAGCCCUUGAGAAAGCCCAAAGGAUUGAGGAUGCAAAGGCACAGGUCAAAGCCUUCCAAACACGGAAAAAGGGUGCAUCUGGUAGUAUAUUUGAGGAAUCUAGCGAAAAGAUAGCGCCUUCUAAAGUAUAA